AUGGCAUCACAACCUGCAAUCUUUUUCGAUGUUUCCCACGGCUUUCUUCCCUUCGAACCUUCUGCGGAAGAAUUUUCCGACCCAAUUUACCAACCAUGGGACCACUUGAUCAAGCAGCUGCCGGCAUUGAUCAGAUCAAAGAGCAUUCAGUCAGUGGUCAGAACCCUCCCGCUUCUUAACAUAGAGAAGUUGAGAGGCGAAGCGGAAUUUCGACGCGCAUACGUCGUUCUUUGCUUCUUGUCCCAUGCUUACAUCUGGAGUUCUACUCCGCCGAAAGAACAGGUAUUGCCUCCUACUCUGACGAUACCUCUCCUUGAGAUCUCUGUGUUUUUGGAAGUACCUCCAGUCACUACAUAUGCUGCUUUAACCUUAUGGAAUUUCACAAGCACCAAAACCGGCAGCUUCGAACUAGAUGAUAUCAGGAUCCACUACACAUUUACCGGUACGAUCGAUGAAGCGUGGUUCUACGCCGUGUCCAUAGCUAUUGAGGAAAGGGGUAAUCAGAUAAUUCCUCUCAUGCUCUCCACCAUUCAAAGCAUGCGAAACAAGGAUUAUCUGACUGCUAAAGACGGUAUGCAUCGACUGGCAAACCAUAUCGAUGGACUGUGCAGCGUUUUAGGCCGCAUGUAUGACAAGUGCGACCCAGACGUGUUCUACCAUCAGAUCCGGCCUUUUCUGCAGGGGACGUAUGACCCAUUUCAUCUUCCAAACGGCGUGUACUAUGCCGAGGGAAAAGGUAGUAGAAGCUGGAAACGGUUCAGAGGAGGGAGCAAUGGACAAAGCUCUCUUUUCCGGUUUCUCGAUAUCACACUAGGCAUUGAACAUGGCUCAAACCACUUUGGCGGCGGUAGCUUUUUCCAGGAGAUGAUGGAAUACAUGCCGGGGCCGCAUCGGCGAUUCCUUGACCUCGUCUCUCGUGACACCAGCCUCAAAACACAUGUCAUGUCAAGCGAAGACACGGAUCAGGGAGAACUAUUGACUGCUUUUAGACGGUUGAUUACUCAAAUGACGAGUUUGAGAGACAAACACUUGGUCGUUGUGGCUCGAUAUAUCACCAUACCCUCCCAGCAGAGUGGCGAUAAGCAUCAGGGAAGCGAGGGGCUUCGUGGCACAGGCAACACUUUGCUCAUGCCCUUUCUAAAGCAGUCAAGAAACGAAACAGAACUGACAGGCAACGAAGGCUUCAGUUUAGGAGGCAGAGACGGGGACUGUGCUGCUUAG